GCCCAACAGCCCAGACCACAAAGAGCAGCACUCGCAGUCGCACCACCGAUCCACAAUCCACGAUCCACCGAUCCACGAUUGCUGUUUCUUUUUCGACCCAGCAGACAAAUUUUUUUUUCGGCCGUUUACUUUUUGGCCAAAACGCCACUCCCGCCCACACACACACGCGCCCACUUCCCGCUCACACACACACACACUAACGCGCGCGCGACAGAGACAGCAUGAGGCAGCCCAGUAGACAGCACUUCCUGGCGAUCCUCGUCCUCGGCAGCGCCGCCUGCCUGAUCAGCGCCGUACCGCUCCCCCAGCCGCAGCCCGCCGGCAACCAGGAGCUGGACGUCCUGCAGAUCCCGCUGGCCAACGGCAAGGAAAUCGAUGUCUUGACAUUGGGCGCCAAAGACCAAGAAACAUUGAUAGCCGAUCGCAACAAACGAACGAUUGGACUGCUGCGCGAACUGUUCCCCGACAUCACCAAGAAUGGAGCCACCGAUACCCAGAUCGACUUGUCGGCCAUCAACAAGCAAUUGGAGGAGACGAUCCGAGUGGCCCGUCAGGUGAAGGAGGCGGAAGCAGCCGCCGCCGCCGUGGCCGCCCAAUCCCUGUCCCCAUCCUCCGCAUCCGCCUCCUCGCCGAUCGCCCAGGCGCCCAUUCCCCUGAAAUCCAACGAGCCCAUCCAGCUGAGCUUCAACAACGAACUGCCCAGUGUCUCGACCUCUGCCGGUGUGAAUGAGAAGGCCUUGAGCACCAACGAUCUGCAGCUUUCCGAGUCCAAGUCGCCGGCGAUCGAUGAGCUGACCCUCGACUCCGCGGAGGAGACAGCCGACCUGGACGAUCGCAACAAGAGGUUCCUCAGCUUCGGCGGUGCGGGUCUCGCCGGUGGCUCAAGCGGCGGAGCAGGUGGUUCGCCCAGUGGCAAUGCCCUGGGAGCCGGAGGCUCUGGCAACUUUCUGCUGGACGUGGUGAGGCUCUUCUCGGGCAGCGUUCAGACCCAGCAGGGCGACGAGGCGGCCAACUCGGUGGGCGGUGGAGUCAGUAGCAGUGGAAGUUUGGGCGGCGACGGUGACGCGGAUGGCGACAGCACCCGCAACGCCGACGGCUACACCGAGGGCAUUCCCGGCCCAGUCACGCGCCUCGUGGUCCUGGCCAACCGCGGUCUGGCCAAUCUGGUCCAGGACUUGAUACUGCGCGUUGCGGCCACCAGCGAGAAGUUCGUGAACUUCAAGGCCAAGCUGAUAACGGCGCUGAUCUAAGGUCAAGGGUCAGCACCGGCCACGCCCUGCCCGAAUUAGUCAAGUCACCAACCUGUACAGAGUCAAAUGCAGCAGAUCACCCCUCUAUCUCGCUCCCUCCCCCCGGAACGUCUGUCUCUAUCUCUCUCUGUCUCUACCGCCCCUCCCCCCAAAAAACCACCUCCUCCACCCCCUCACACCCACACACACACACGCCCACUCACUCACACGGAGACAAUUUUGUUGUGCAUCAUUCGAUCAAAGAAAGUUCCCGGCAAUUCCAACAUUUUUUCUAAAUCUUUAGCCAAUUUUUUUAUAACAAAAACGAAAACAAAAAAAAAAUCAUAAAAUUAUAAGCAAAAUUGAAAAAAAUACCAAUCAAAGAAUUUUAUUUAUAUAUAUCAAUAAAAAAAAAAACAAAAAUUAAAACGAAAGUGUGAAAGCAACAUUAAUAUGCAUAUGUAUAGAAGAAGAAACGCCUGAUACAGAUAUUCCCGCCCUAGUGCUAUAUCUUUAUAUCUUCUCCCCACUCCCAUUGGCUUUUGUAAAUAUUUUGCUAUUUGCAAACUUUCCUCACCACUUUUCCUGGUCUCUUCCUUAAUUUUUACCGCCCCUCCUAACCGUUUUCCUCCUUUUUUGUGUAUAUUUUGUGUUCUAUUAAAAAAAUCAUGACUGUGGUGUUUUAUUUACUAUUAUUUUUAAUUAUUUUAAACGAAAACGAAGCGAAGGAGAUGAAAGGAUGAUGAAAGGAUGAUGAAGGACCCGUCAAGUUUCUAUUAGGAGAAAUGUUUUUUUUACUUGCUGUUGUUGGUCAAAGAGCCCCAAAACACCCAUACACACACAGACACGCACACUCACUGAAGCAUACUCAACAUACAUACAUAUAUAAAGCGAUUCGAUAUGCCCAUUAUAUUAUAUAGAUCCGUUCUUGUUCGACUUCCCUGUGUCCCCUGGAUUUGUUUUGUAACCCCCCCGUAAUCCUAAGCGAAUUGUGUUUUUCUCACUAUGAUUUUUUUCUAGCCUAGCUAAGUGAAACUUUCGAAAAAUGUGUAUAAAAUAAAAGUGAAAUCAUUUUAAAAA